CGGGCGUCAAACAUCAAACGCGGCGGCCCCGGAACUCGACGCGACGCCGUUUGUUUCCGCACGAACCAAUAACUGUGUCCGUGGCGCCGCCGUGCGCAUUUACGCGGAGCAGCGGCGGCGGCGGAGAUGGCGGCGGCAGCGCUCAGAGCGAUGACCCGUGGGCGUGUGGUGCAGGUUCUUCCGUCGUUGGCGUCCGUGCGUCUCUCCAGUUCUUUUAAGGCGUCCGAUGUGUCCCUGGAGCGCUCUUCGUCCCCUCGUCCCAAACCGGACUCUUCGUCUCUGGUUUUUGGGAAACAUUUCUCCGACCACAUGCUGCUGAUCAACUGGAGCGAGUCGGACGGAUGGGAACGUCCCAAGAUCCAACCCUUCCAGAACCUGUCCCUGCACCCGGCCUCCUCCGCCCUGCACUACUCCAUCGAGUUGUUCGAGGGGAUGAAGGCUUUCAGGGGAGACGAUAAUCACAUUCGUCUCUUCAGGCCCAUGUUGAACAUGGAACGAAUGCACCGCAGCGCCGACCGCAGCUGUUUACCUUUGUUUGAUAAAGAGGAGCUGCUGAAGUGCAUUAAGAGUUUGGUGGAGUUGGAUCAGGACUGGGUCCCAUCAGCUCCAAACACGAGUCUGUACAUCAGACCCACGUUCAUCGGGACCGAGCCGUCUCUGGGCGUGUCUCGUGCUGGAAAGGCCAUGAUCUUCGUGAUCGUGGGUCCGGUGGGUCCGUACUUCUCCACCGGCUCCUUUAACCCGGUGUCUCUGCUCGCUGACCCCGCCUUCGUCCGAGCCUGGAGGGGCGGAGUCGGGGCCUACAAGAUGGGAGGUAACUACGGUCCGACCAUCGCGGUGCAGAAUGAGGCGGUGAAGCGCGGCUGUCAGCAGGUCCUGUGGCUCUACGGCCCCGACGAGGAAAUAACUGAAGUGGGAACCAUGAACCUGUUCAUCUACUGGACCAACAGCAAAGGAGGACUGAACCAGGACUAA